AUGCGCUCUAGCUCAGCAGGGGAGCCUGCGCUAGGACCUUUGGAACGCUUGCGCUGCAUAGUCAAAGGCGCGCCGCCAGCGUGCGCAGACGGAUCGCCUCCCGAGGGCAUCGAUGUCCAUCCAUCGAGUAUCAGACAAGCCUGGUUCAAUAAUCGGCCAUGCCUAUUGCCCUCUCCUAGUUCCCUCGAUACAUGGCCAUUCCAUGGGGAUGCGCGCGCAAAAAGUAAACCCCAGCCGGCGGCGCAUCGUCAAACAGCCCUUAUGCGACACACACGACGCUAA